GCCACUAUGAUGAAGAGUUUGGUGCUCAAUUUGCUAUUGGCAGCUGCAGGAUCUGUGGCGUACUACCCGCGCUACGUGGAAGUGGUGCGCGACCCCAAAGACUUCGAUCUUCUCUACAGUUCCACCUCAGGACCCAUCAACGAGACGUGGAGAUUCUACUCUGAAGCCAUCCUGACGUCCAUCAUCAUUCCGUCACAAAUCACCUUCUGCAGCUCAGAUCCAGGAACGGAUGGAACAUACGAUGAGGAGGUUGACCUCCUCGUGUACGAGAAGAAAAUCGGGAGGGUUUCAUCCGAGGACGAGACGUACCUGGUGGCGACCGGCUCCUUCAACGGCACCGUCAGCUUCGGCCAGGAGCUGGACAUCCCACUGUGGAACGCCACGCUCAAUAGCGCGCCCCGGGUCCAGCACUACUUCUACUCGACCGGUGGCUACGAGUACACGGUCAACAUCGUCUUCAAGAAGGACGGUAUCUACCCGUGGUACACAGCGAGAAACCUCUCCGACUACUCCGUCAUCGAUUCCAGGAUCGAUGGAUCUGGAAUAGCUAUUGGACUGACGUACACUCUUAGCUAUGAGGCCACGUCUACCCGUCACGGUAGUUAGAUACGAGAUGCUAAGGACGCAGUGGGUUAUGUUAUUCAAUGUUCACGCUGCCACAGCGGCACCUACUUCGAAUAAUGUGGCCAGCUGUCUCAUUGCUCACAGAAAAGGCAGAAAAACGUCUAGGUCUGCUGUCAGCCUCAAUUUGUUAUCAGACAUUGACCUCAAAGUGAGUUUCAUUCUGUAGUUGAAGCACAGCUGGUUUACUUCGUACAAAUUGUAUUAUGUGUUGCAUUAAAAUUUUGUUUUGUAAAAUUAUAGUUUUAUGAGUCAGAAAAGUACAACGCAA